GCUGUACCUCGCAACAAAACAAACAAACCUUUACCUCAUUUUGCUGUCAAAACAAACGAACACUGUCGGAUUCCACCAGAAAUUGCAAAUACGAACGGUAGAGGAAAUUGCUUAUUUUAACUACAAUUUUGCUGAAAAUAACUAUAAAAAAUCAUGUCCGAGAGCAGUUCUAAGGAUACUGUGCUGAAAACAGCGAUGACAUACAUCUGUGGCGAGUGUCAUCAUGAAAACGAGAUGCGUCCGCGUGAUCCCAUACGUUGUCGUGAAUGUGGCUACCGCAUCAUGUACAAGAAGCGUACAAAGCGCUUGGUUGUUUUCGAUGCCCGUUAAUAUCCGCAUCGUUCAAUGAUGAAUUAAAUAUUAGAAUUUUAAGUGAAUCCUUUAUUUAGAAAUAAAAUAUAGCAUACGAAAAAUGUC